GCUGCAUUCAACAGGAAAAAUAACUCGAGUCUCUGGAGCUGAAACAUAUUCCGUAUAAACCCACAUCGAUGAAAUAAUGUCGUGCGAAAUGCCAUUUUGUCAGAACAGCAGACUGAUUGAGGAGUUUAUUCAAAUAUGGUUAAACGUCUAAGAAGCCUUCUUUUUUACCGUUAAACUACCGUGAGCUUUUGAAAGGAGGUUGGAAACUUAUGUUCCACUGCAACAUUGAUUCCUCGCGAUUAAUCGUUGUCUAAUGACUAUGGCUUUAUUAUUCGCGUCACACAGAAGCGUGUUUUCUUUGAGGGCUGACCAGGAUGAGUAACACGACAUCGAUCGUGCGUUGAGUCAUUUGACAAAUCCAUAUUUGAUUCUGGGUGGAGAGAGAGAGGGAGAGAGAAGGAGAGGGAGAGCGAAAGAGAGAGGAGGAGACUCGCAGGCUGUCUUCUCGUCUCUUGUGAGGAUUUUUUUGCAAGACCAAAAGACGUAUUAUCGCCUAAGCUUUCUUUCUUUCUCUCAAAUGUAAUAAGGAGAACCUGCUCCGAGCGAAAAGCCUCAGCGAAGUCCUCGACGGGAGGAUUACAGAUAUCUCACCUGACAUCGAUUUUCAGCAACGUUUUUCCCUGACCGUUAUACGCAACGCGUUAUUCAGAAAGAAAACUUUUUGCCGCCUUUAUUUCUUUUAAAAAAAUACAUCGGUUACAACUCAGCCGAGAUGGUUUUACAGUGGCGUUAUGACAUCAGCGUGGAUUGGACGCUUUUUAGUCGAAUAUCGCUGCACUUUAAUCCGUUUUUCGUGGAAGUGUGUCUGAUUUAAGGACUAAUCAUUAUUGAAAGGUACUGUAUGCAGUUCAGUUGGGUUUCCUGUCUUUUUCUUUGUUAAAAGAAAUAAUGCAGAAUAUCUAAGCAACAAGCGUCGCCAUACGAUGCGCACUUUCCCAAGGAAUAACGCAUCCUUCUUGCGCGGUGUUUUUGGAGAAAACCUCAACGUGUUCCCGCAUCAAUCUUACUUUGAUAAGGUCUAUGGCCGUUAUUAAGAUCAAAUCUGUUUUUGUUUACCUGUAAAUACUGUGAAAAGUGCCUUUUUUCCUGUUUCCUAACGACAAGGAGAACAUGGCUUGCUUUCCAUGGCGGGUAUUUUGGAUAAUUCAAGCGCUCGUGGAUGUGACACUUUCGCAGGAAAUCUACGCUCCUCAUUCAAUCAGAAUUGAGGGAGAUUUGACCCUGGGUGGGCUUUUCCCGGUCCAUGCCCGCGGGGUCUCCGGGGAACCGUGUGGAGAUAUCAAGAAGGAGAACGGGAUACACCGGUUGGAGGCGAUGCUUUACGCCUUGGACCAAAUCAACAGUGACGACGAGCUUUUGCCCAACAUCACUUUAGGGGCUCGGGUUUUAGACACAUGUUCGCGAGACACGUACGCUUUGGAGCAGUCGCUUACUUUUGUGCAAGCUCUCAUACAGAAAGACACGUCGGAUGUGAGGUGUACGAACGGCGAGCCCCCGGUGUUUGUCAAACCCGAAAAGGUGAUUGGAGUCAUAGGGGCUUCGGCGAGUUCAGUGUCCAUCAUGGUCGCUAAUAUACUGCGACUGUUCCAGAUCCCGCAGAUCAGCUACGCCUCCACCGCUCCAGAACUGAGCGAUGACCGCCGGUACGAUUUCUUCUCUCGCGUCGUACCUCCCGACUCCUUCCAGGCCCAGGCCAUGGUGGAUAUAGUGAAAUCGAUGGGAUGGAACUACGUGUCUACGGUUGCCUCGGAGGGAAGCUACGGCGAGAAAGGAGUCGAGGCCUUCAUGCAGAUUUCCAGAGAAGCGGGACCCAUCGCCAGUGCCAGAGCAAACAGGGUAAUGACCGUGGCAACACUGAACAGUGAACUGAAACAGUAA